AUGGUGGAGCUGCGCCUGCAGUCGCUGGAUGCCGGCAGCUUGCCGCAGGAUUGCUACCUGUCGGUGCGCGUGGGGGAGACGCAGAAGCUAUCCAAGCUGAACGGGAUACGCACCCUUCGCUUCCCAGGCGGCCUGGACCACAGGCACGGCAAGAUCGAGGUCUUUAAGAGAGUCGGCGCCUGCAGCAUCGAGGUGGACCCGGCGGCCAGUUCGGAUCGCGAGUUCCGCAUUGGCUGCAGCGACAACGUCGGCGAAGUCGGCUUGCGGGUGCAACUGGAGGCGGACCCAGCAGCGAAGCAGGAGGUGCAGGACCGGCCGGACGAGACGAAGGCCUCAAAGAUGAAGGCGUACAAGGAGUACUUGGGCAAGCACGGGCUGGAGGUGCUCCUGUCCGAGGCGAUGUCCGCAGUGCUGCGCCAGCGCCCAGACCAGCCUCUGGAUUUCUUGGUGGAGCACCUUAAGCAGUUCAAGCCUUUCCCAGUUGUGGAGAAAGCAGUGUCAGCGGAGAAGCAAGCGCCCGCGGACAAGCCGCAGGAGGGUGCGUACUACGCGACCCACCUGCUACCACAAGUUGAACAAAGCACGAUGAGCAAACUCUAUGCAGAGUUCUCUCGGGCAAGGAAGCCGGAGAAGACUGCGCCCAAGACGGCGCCGACGCCUCUGCUGGCGAGUGCGGCCGUUGCAGCCGCGCCCGUGUGCAUGGCAAUGCUGCCGUCUGUGGGCACGUGGUUGGUCAGCAAGAGGAGGGCGCCUGGCCCGAUCAACCCUGCCGUGCCCAUGCUAAGCCCCUGCCCUGUGGCCAGCAGCCCCGCAGCCGCCGCCGCCGCCCCGGUGGCCGCACCCACGGCCGCCGCGGCCGCCUCGCCUGCCGCCGCGGCGGCGGCCGGCGUGGCCCGAAGCGGGCCUGCGGCUCCCUGGCCGCUGAAGCCUUCGGUGGGAACCUGGCUCGCGGUGGCGCCGAGGUCCCCGACGGGAGCGCUCCCCGCGGCUGCCUCUCUGAAGGCAGGAGCCGUGGCCAAGGGCGCCCAGUCGCUGAUGAAGGGCCUCCGCAGCGGCGAGGUCGCCCAGAUCAUCGAUGCCGCGGAGGCGGAGGCCGAGCCCGCGGCCGCCGCUGGGCCCGCGGCGGUGGUGGGGGCGGGCCGGUGCCUCGUGGGGCUGGGCCCUGCGGAGGGGGCGACGGCGGACCAGCGCGCGGAGGUCGAGCGGGUCGUCAGCGCCGCGCUGCUGGAGGCGGGUGGCAGCCUCGCGGGCGAGUACUUCCCUCUGCAGGCGUCCAAGACCUUUGCCAUGCGGCCCGGGGGGAUGUCGGAUCCCGAGCGGCUGGCCCUGGCUCGGGCCGGCCUCCUCUUCGAGGCCGGCGACGCGGACGGCCGCGGGGUCUUUGCGACCGCGUGCGGGGGGGCGGCGGUGUGGCUCAACGCGAGCGGCCACCACGUCACGUUCGUGGCGGCGCCGGGAGGUGCUGCGAAGCUGGAGGUGCUGGAGGAUGCCGUGAACGAGGCGAUACGGAUCUUGGGCUACACGCUCGGCUAG